AUGGUGCGAAAAGGGCAGCGCGCACGCAACGCCGAGGCCGCGCCAAACAGAAGAAAUGAAGGCGCCCGGAACGCGGCGGCGUCGGACACGCCUCCGCCGGGCGGCCUCGAUCGCAUCAGCGCGUGGGAGGUCGAGCAGCCGCAUGCCACGGCCGAGGAGGACACCGUUGAAACCGCCUUCGAGCGCGUGGCGCCGUCGGUGAGCGGGCCGCUGGUGGCGCGGCUCAUCCCGCUCUCCACGGGGGAGACGACGCUCGCCGCCAUCGACAUCCACCGCGACGCCGGCAGCCUGGUGCUGGGGCGCUCCAACCAGCUCGUGGUGGAGUGCCGCGUCGACGUCCCCGCGGUGUCCGCGCGGCACUGCGAGUUGACCGUCAACCCCGCCACGCGGGCCGUGAGCAUCCGCGACGUCUCCGCCAACGGGACAUUUAUCAACGGAACGCGCAUCGAGAAGGACGUGACGGUGGAGCUGCAGUCCGGCGAUCGCGUGUUCCUCACACACCCGGCAAAGGCGUCCCAGCCGGGCGUCCCCAGCGUUGAGUUUCUCUUUCAGCGCGUCAGUGACAGCAUCCAGGCCGACGUGCUCCAGGAGGAGUUGACGUGCCCGGUGUGCAAGGGUUUGUACGUCCGCCCCUGCAGUGCACUCCCGUGUCUUCACGUCUUUUGUGGCGCCUGCAUUAGCCGCUGGAUAGACGCGGGUAAUAAGAAGUGCAUCCAGUGCCGCGCCGAUGUUUGGGAGGUGCGCCCGUCGCACAAGCUACAGAGCUGCGUCGAGGAGUUGCUCAAGUCCAACCCUCAGCUUUCUCGCACCAGCGAUGAGGUGGCGGAAUUUGCGGCACUUGACACCAUUCCGUCGAGGGGCAAAGUGGUCAAAAAACGCGCCCGUUAUAGCGGAAGCAGCAGCGACAGUGACGCUUAUUCCAGUCAAGAUGAUACCGGGGCAAGUAACUACUCCGAGGACGACGAUCAAGUCUCUGCGUCGAACUACAAUGGAGGUCGACACGGGCACGCUCGCUCUAUUGGACGCUGUCAACAUUGCCAGCGCGCAUCUAGUGAGGAUGGCUUUCGCUGCCCCGCGAAUGGGAUACACUUGCACUGUCCAAGGUGCAACCGAAGCUUUCCACACCGGCCACUGUGUCCACGGCCCCAGUGUUGCCAGCUCUGUGGUGCCUCGUACUGUAACCUCUACUACGAACGGGAGGGCGGUUGCCCUGCUCACCGUGGCGGUUUGGUGCGCCUUCGGCAAUUCCCUCCCAUGUCCACACUGCCCCAGAAGUAUUUUGCAGGCAACGCCGUGGAGCGGAAUAUUAUGUCCAGUUAUUUGUCCACCAAGGGCAUUACUCUGGAGACGGUGUGGGGGGAGUGCCUGCAGAAAAUGGAGGCAGGGGAAUGGGUUCCGGACAUCACCUGCGUUAAUGGGCAGCUGACAGCGGAUUCCCCCCUCUGCGAGGGGUGCAUCGACAGCCUCUUUGCGGCAUUGCUGUUUCACUACAGGCGCGCGGUGCCGAACCAGGAACUCCCCGAAAACGUCACACAGAGGCCAAAUUGCUGGUAUGGCAUCAACUGCCGCACGCAGUUUCACAAGGCGGAGCACGCAAACCGAUACAACCAUGUGUGCUACCAAGAGAAGCGGAAGGAAUAG